CGCGCGCGACGAUUCCGCAGUCGCACACCAAACCGUGAACGAACUCAACCGCUCCCAUUUGAAAAUUCAAACGCGUAACAAACCUUUUUGUACGAGCCGAGUUUUUUUCUUUUCUGUGUGUUGUGGUCAAGUAGUAUCAGCCGGAGCCUUUGUCAUCUUGUCCCAGCAAUAUACCGCAGAAUGUCGUCCGGACGGCAGUGUGCCAGCUUUGUGGCAUUCCUGGCGUGCAUCGCCAUCACAUCGUGUGCACAAGUCGAAGACCCGUGCAAGACUAAAUCAAGGGUGGUGGGAGAUGACAAGUAUUGUGACAAAUAUUGGGAAUGCGACAACGGGCAAUCGAUCCAGUACGACUGCCCCAACGGGCUGGUCUUCGCAGGCAAACAUCGAGGGGUGACAGAAGGCUGCGACUACCCGUGGCGGUCGAACUACUGUGAAUAUCCUAAAGUGCAAAUCAAUCCACCAAUCGGCACCGAGCAUUGUGAUUGGCUGUACGGCAUCUUCGGACACGAAACAUCCUGCACCCGCUACUGGACCUGCUGGAACGGCACAGCCACGGAGCAGCUCUGCAUCGGUGGUCUGCUGUACAACGAGAACGCCCACUCUUGCGACUGGCCCGAAAAUGUUGACGGCUGCCAGAAACAUCCGCUCUGCAACGACGACCCCAACGGUAACGUGCCCCUCGGCAAGUCGUGCAAUAGGUACUGGCAGUGCCAGGGCGGGUACCCGCGGCUGCAGCGGUGCCCAGCGAUGCUGGUGUUCGACAGGCGGUCGCUGAGGUGCGUCGUGCCACCUACUGAAGACUGCGAUGUGCCUACUACAACCGCCGCGCCGGUAGAAGAAGAUGACGUCAGGCCGGGUCAACAACAGAAGCGACCACAGAAUCAAGAUCACUUCGAGUCGCAGCAACCCGCACGCCAACGGCCGAGGAACUAACUUCUGCGACUUUCUAAUUAAAAGAGUCAUCAUACACUUCUACUUUCUUAUAAUUCUCAAUACGAUUUGCAUUGGUCUAGUGUGUUGCGAAUUUCAGAAGAAUGAGUAAGAGUCGAUAAUCUGUAGUCGGGGUGUCAUACGCAAUUGCACAGAUAAUACUGAGAGGUAUUUUUGCUAAAUACUAGGUCAAUUUAAAUUAGACUCUAAAAAAAUCAUUGGUGGACCUUGUUCAUACUUCUUGCGUUCUGUAUGUAAGCACCUCAGAUUACAGAACAAAAAGGCAGAUGGUAGGCACGGAACACCAUAGCAUAUACGAAGUCAAAAAAGACUUCCAAUUUGAGUCCGUACACCACAACGCAUCGUGUUGUGAAUACGUCCCGUGUAUAAAGUUUUUAUCAAAACUAUGCCGCCUUGUUCAUACAUCGUAAAAACUGUUCACAAAGACAAAAUUGUAUUUACUUUUGACAUCUGCCUUUUGUUCUGUAAUCUGAAGUAAGCACCUUUCUCUAUAACUUUAUAACUGUCCCACCUUGUUAAAAAUUUCAAUUUGUAUCAUCCCAUUGGGAACAAACUUAGUGCCUACCUAUUUUAUUUUUAAA